GUUGCUGGUGGCAUCCGACUGAUAACGAACGCUUCUCUCUGUGCUGUUCCUGCUGUACGUUGAAUCAUGUCAGGCGCUCCUCUGGUCUUCGAUAAUGGAUCCCAGAACUUCAGGGCUGGCUUCGCUGGGGAGAGCAUCCCGCAGUUGGACAUCCGUUCUGUUGUUGGGAGUGCAAGAUACUCGGGUUCGUUCAACGGUGGGAAGAUCUAUUAUGGCACGGAGGCCAUCCAAAAGAGGUCUCUUCUCAAUCUCAGAUUUCCUGUAAAUCACGGGAGCAUUACAGGAUGGGAGGACAUAGAGAAGGUGUGGCAACACGCCUACAGCAGGCUCGAAGCUUCUCCGGAGGACCAUCCUAUCCUUAUUACAAAACCUCCUAUCACCAGCAAAGACACCCAAGAACGGAUGGCUCAGAUCCUGUUUGAGACCUUCAAAGCUCCUGCAAUGUAUAUUGCUGACACGGCGUCUCUCUCGCUGGCGGCAUCCGGGCUGACAUCGGGGAUUGUUGUGGGAUCUGGCGCUGAAUUAACAACAAUCACCCCAAUCCAGGGCAACACAGUAGUACAUGAAGCCGUCAGGAGGUCUUUCUUAGCUGGAAAUUGUGUCUUAGAAUUCUUGUCUACGACGCUCAAUACUGAUCUGGAAGUCAUCGAGGAAAUGAAAAAAGCCGUUUGUUAUGUUGCUGCUGACUUUGAUGAGGAAAUGAUAACGGCAGCAUCUUCUAAAUCUUUGGAGAUGACAUAUGAGUUUGCCGACGGUAGCGACAUCACUGUUAACAGCGAGAGGUUUAGAGGUCCGGAGGGUCUAUUCCAACCGUCCGUAGUACAUGUCAAUGAGCCUGGGAUCCAUCGAAUGAUCAACGCCUCAAUUAUGGGGUGUGAUACCAACUCCCGCCAAGAGUUAUACCAGAACAUCCUGUUGGCAGGUGGAAACACCAUGUUCCCUGGAAUGGAAGCCAGAAUCAGGAAGGAGGUAUCUGCUCUUGCUGGGCCUGACGUGGAGGUCAAGGUGAUUGCUCCGCCUGACAGAAUUCUCUCUGCCUGGCAUGGAGGAUCCCAGAUGGCGUCUCUACCAACUUUCAACGAGCUGUGUAUUACCAAGAAGGACUAUGACGAAUCUGGCCCAUCUGUCGUCAGUAGGUUUGGCUGAAGUCUGAAGUUUUGACUCUAUAUUAUAUAAACUAUGUAUUCCGAUCCUUUAAACGAUGAUACAAUGAGGGUGUUAGUGUUUCACGUUAAUCUUUGAAGUAUAAAUAUAAUAUAUUUUACCUAUUGAGUCAGGUAUGUUCGAAAGGAAGGUAAGGAGGAUAGCCUUCUUCAGCAACCCAUGCCGCUCAAUGGAAUGUUGCUGGACGUGGCAAUAAACAGAAAGGUUGAGAAAUAAUACACCUGAGAAUGUAUAUUUUCCCCUACAUAACUUGUUUAAAUUGACCCGCUACUGCAGCAGCCAAGAACACACAAUGUUCCCAGUCACGUCUCCUGGUUCGCCGCUUAGUUGCGCUGCGCUACACUUAGUAGGGCUGUGAAGAUGCAGCGAACUAUCAUCCAUGGAUUAAAAGUUUUGACUCUCCGAUACCAAUUAAUCGAUGGAAGAAGCGAAAAACUAUCGAAGUAUCGAUAAUAUGUGUGACUAUCGAUAGUGUAGUAAUUGACUGCCGUUGAUAAAUGCGCAGCGCAAAAACAGGAUGUUUGGGUGCAGACUUGCAGCUUCAUUGAAUUUAUGUUUUAACUGUUUACUUUAUCUGGGUUUCAAGCGUCUUGUGAGUUAUUAAAAUAGACUGAAACUA